GGGGGCCGGGGGGAAAAUGGCGCCCAGCUCGAAAUCGGAGCGCGCCGGGCCCGGGGCGAAGCGGGGCCCUGCGGGGGCGGCGGGCGGUACUUCGGCCGGGCAGGGAUCCAGGGGGCGCCGGGAGCACAUCGUGAGGCAGCUGGAGCGAGUCCGGAUCAGCGGGCAGCUCUCCCCCCGCCUCUUCCGCAAGCUGCCCCCCCGGGCGUGCAUCUCAUUGAAGAGCAUUGUGGACGAGGAGUUCCUGUGUGCGGGGCACAUCUUCCUGGGCUUCUCCAAGUGCGGGCGCUUCGUGCUGUCCUACACCAGCAGCAGUGGGGACGAUGAGUUCUCCUUCUACAUCUACCACCUGUACUGGUGGGAGUUCCGGCUGCACGGCAAGCUGCGGCUGGUGCGCCAGGUGCGGCUCUUCCAGGACGAGCAGAUCUACAGCGACCUCUACCUGACGGUGUGCGAAUGGCCCAGCGACUCCUCCAAGCUCAUCGUCUUCGGCUUCAACACCCGCUCGGCGCACGGCCUGCUGGUCAACAUGAUGAUGAUGAGCGAUGAGAACCACCGGGAUAUUUACGUCAGUGCCGUGGCUGUGCCCCCCCCCCGCCGCUGCCCCUCCUGCCGCCGCGCCGCCAACGGUGACUCUGCGCAGUGCCUGCGCCACGGCUUCAUGCUGCACACCAAGUUCCAGGUCGUGUACCCCUUCCCCACCUUCCAGCCCGCCUUCCAGCUCAAGCAGGACGGCGUGGUGCUGCUCAACACCAGCUACUCGCUGGUCGCCUGCGCCGUCUCCGUGCACAGCGCCGGUGACUCCAGCACCCGUCAGAUCCUCUACAAUCGCCGCACCUCAUCGCCUCCUUCCUCCUCCCACUCCUCCUCCUCCUCCUCCUCACACCGGGGGGGCUGCAGCUCCGCACACCCCGAGGAGCCGUGCCCCCCCCCAGCCCCACAGCCCCCCCCCAGCCCCGGCCGCCCCCCAGGGCCGUCCCCGGCAGUGGCCAAAGCCAAAGAGUUCGUGGCCGACAUCUUCCGCCGCGCCAAAGAGGCCACGGGGGCAGCGCCGGCGGAGGACGAGGAGGAGGAAGAGGAAGAGGAAGGAGGGGGGGGAGGCCCGGCUGCAGCCCCCCAGCCCCGCUGCCCCCCUCUGCCCCCCCCCUCCCCACGGGGGGACCGCAGCCCCCCAGCACUGGGACCCCCCCCCGGCGAACCGGGGUACGUCAACUACACCAAGCUGCGCUACGUGCUGCCCCCCGGGACCCCCGCCGAGCCCCAGGACGUGCCCCCCCCGGAGCCGGAGGACGAUAAGAUCUCCCUGCCCUUCGUCGUCACCGACCUGCGGGGCCGCAGCCUUUGGCCACUGCGGGAGCGGGCGGUGGCACAGGGGCAGUUCCUGACGGUGGAGCAGCUGACGCUGGACUUUGAGUACGUCAUCAACGAGGUGAUCCGCAACGACGCCGCCUGGGCGCCGCAGUUCUGCUCCUUCAGCGACUACGACGUCGUCAUCCUCGAGGUGUGCCCCGACACCAACCAGGUGCUCAUCAACAUCGGGCUGCUGCUGCUCGCCUUCCCUGCGCCCGACGAGGAGGGGCUGCUGCGGCCGCGGCCGCACCACACCAGCCUGAAGGUGGCGUGGGACCUCAGCAGCGGAGCCUUCAGCACUGUGGGGGUGGGGGCUCUGAGUGAGGUGCGGGGGCAGACCAGGUGAG